AGCAUCCUCAGCAACAGCACGAACUAAAAAAGACGAGACGAGACGAACAAGAAACAACAACAACAAGAGACAAGUUAGGCCAACAUUCUAAGCGCAACAACAAAAACAAUGGCCAUAUACCAUACAGCAAAGUGAAAACAUAUAAAAUUGAAAAGAAAGCCCGAGCUAACAUAAAACGAAAAUUCCAUAAGACCAGUAAAAUUGAAAUCUUCUUACGUACAUACCUACAUUCACAUAACAAAUCCACCAGCCCCACUUAUUCGCACAAAGCAAAGCCAAGGCCAGGGAGAGAGAACAGCCAACACAUUCAACAAACAAAUAAACAAAAAAUCCCACAUUUGUUCAACAGCAGCCUUCAUUUGUUUAAAUAUCACAGAAAAUAAAGAACAAAAUUUUAGAAUUGGAAUUGGAGUAUACCUAAAGUGAAAAGCACCCUGGCAACCAAUCAGUAAAUGUGAGAACCUGCUGUACAUGCAUAUUCUAUACACACAUACUCUACAGUGCGUAUUUUGUUUUCGGUUUCCUGCAAAUUCUUUGUUCAGUGCAUGAGUGUGUGUUCGUGUGAGCUCAACAACUUCUCAACUACACUCAAGGAAAAAGAGGGGGCUUUGUUUCUUCCAUCUCCAAUUCCUCUUAUGAAGUGAAAAGUUUUACCUCUUUCAUACACUCCUGAGCGAUAAAGGCUCAUUGAAAGACGCACGUUUGCUCUACCUCACACUCACACGCACACACAACAGGCAACGAAACAAUAUUCCUUUACGUGUUAAGUUCAUUGAAGAACCAGUGCAAACAAUAGAACACAACAACACCAGCAGUAGCAUCAACAUCAACAUCAAGAUAACAACAACAUCAGCAACAACAACUACCAAAACAAAAGCAGCAACAAUUUUAGAGAAAGGCAUAAUAAGGUGGGUGCUCCUUGUGUUCGUAUCGUCUAUUCACUGCAAAGACUAACUUUUAGAAAAUGUUCCUGUAGAAAUGGCCAAAAUUUCACGACGUGCUGUAGCCUCGUCGUCUUCUAACAACGCUGCAUCGUCUCCCUUGUUUUCCUCAUCAUCAUACGAUCAGACGGUUCGCUUGGAAACUCGCACAAAUGCAAAUAGAAUUAUAAAUGAUAGAAAAUCAGUGCGAUCCGUAUCAUCUCGUUUCAUUGACACUCCUUUGGGUGGUGGCCAAGAUAGUGGCUAUGGCAGCAAUGAUGCGGAGGCUACAAUCAGUAUCACUACAGAUCCUUUGCGAAACGAUGGCAACCAAGUUACAAGUGCAUCACACAAUACUGUGUAUUCGUAUACCACAACAACGACUGGACCUAACAAACAUUCGCCAUAUACUGCCUCACCAAUGCCUGCUGGCAAAUACAAUGAAACAGAGCCAACUCCUACACUUAGUCCACGCGAACUCAUACGUGCCCAGUUUUUUGCUACCUACGAUGUCAUGACCGGCGUACGUAUAGCAGCCACUCUGGGAGGCUUCUUUGGGCUUAUGGUAUUCCUGAUAGUCUACAAGAGUCGUAGCAGUUCAAACGAAACCUUAAAAGUUUUAAAGGAUCCGAAAAUGGCAGCGGUGGCCGCUGUUUGUAUGCAAGAGGAAGAGGAACGUGAAAUCCAGGAAGCCAUGGUUGCCACCGGAAUGUCCAUUUAUCCCGAUGAGUAUGAUGCUAUAUUGUAUAGACGCCAACGUAUGUUAUCCUUGGGAAAUGUCAGUGCUCCGCCCAUGCUAAAUCGUGGUUUCCGUUUCUCCUCAGUGGGUGGGGGCUACAGCAGCCUGCUUGAGCCUCCCAGACGCUUUUCUUUCUCCUCAGCCUCCGGAGCAAUGAGUAUGGGCGGAGGCAGCUAUGUUGGCAGUCGUAGGAGAAGUGGUUCAGAGACUUCGCGCAUCUUUAGUAAUUACCCUAUGGGUAGUAGUUUUGGCACGGACGAUUAUUUUGUGGAGACCGACGAUGAAUUUGACAAUGGCGAUUUUCAACAGCGAGUUAUGGCAUCGACAUUGGACGAGGAGCUGGUGGGGAAGCAUCACAAGAGAAGCGAUUCUACAAAAAGUAAACAGGGGUUUCUCGAAGUGCCAUUAAUGGGUCAAGAUUCACGCCGCAGCAGUGCCAUGACAUGCUGCAGUACUGAUAGCUCUUACUUGGAACGACGUUGUUCUGCCUUUACCCUGGGUUUGUCAAACCUGCCGCCUUCAUUACAGCGAAAAUGUUCGACUGCAUCUCGGGCCUCCAGCACAGAGAUGUGGGACUAUUACUAUCCAGACAUACAAGUCAUACAGCCCACGCCCAAGCCAUCACCACUGUCCUCCGAACGCAGCAUCUAUGAGCAGCUGCAGGCGCAAUCAAAGCAACAAACUCAGGCCCCUAAAACAACGACGUCCUCGAUGACUGCUAACACCACGAUUCCCAUGGAAACUUCACUAAGAGGCUUGACCACGGUCACGACAACGGCUACCAAUAGUAAAAUGGCCAAGCCAGUUACUAGCCUAUCUACUGCCAGUAGUGCGAAUGCAACUGACAGAUCAGGAGGUGCAUCACCUUUGCAGAAAUUUAUACCAAAGCACAGUAUAGCCUACUACGAUCCGGAGAGUGCCCAGUCGGGUCGAAAGCAGCAAAUACACUCCAUAAGUGCGGACACAGUCGAUGUCUAUCCCUACAACCAACCAUUGACUGAACGUGGGAUUUAUGAGGCGUCCACACCAGCACAAUCGGCUCCACCGGAGGGAGUACACCAUGGCUUCCGUUUCUCAGAUUCGCCCACAGAGGAGUUGCGGUUGAAUGUUAGACGCAAAAUUGCAGUAGUUGAACUUCCACGAAUUCCCUACCCGGAUCAGGACACACCGCCCAGCGUAGCUGGCCUGACGGGUGAGAAUAACAAUAACAGUUUUCCCUACUCCAAUUCGGCAGCAGCCAAGGCGGCAGCCAACGCUGCCAAUUCCAGCAGUAUUAGUAUAGACAGCACCCCGCUCAGCAUCGACAAGUUAAAUGGCAGUGGCAGCUUGGGCACAGUUUCCGCCAAGGCUCUGUUCAAUGCGGAUAGAAGAGCACCGCUGGCGUCCUUAAGUUCCUUUAAGAUUUCCUCUCUGGAAUACCAAGAUUCCGAAGUUCGUUCUGUGGACGAAGACUCUGUGUUUCUGGAUAGUGUGGCUGACACGGAUGAGGAUUUACGUCAGAUGAGCAGUGACAGUGAGGAGGCCAGCCUGCAGGACUAUGUAGCCGACCCAGAUCCCCAUGGUGGGGGGCAAUUGGAAAGUAGUGGUGCUCAGCUUGAGAGUGCAGCUGUUAAUGGUGCCAGUAAUACCAGUAGAAUUUUACGAUACCCUCUGGAGAGACAUUUUAGUCUGGGUGCCGCCACUAUAGCCAAUACAAGUAGUGGAACGGUGGUGGCCACAAGUGUGGCACCCAUAACUGCCAGUGCGAGAACGCGGCGCUUGUUGUUACAGCGAAAUCGCACCACAAGUGUAUCUUCCAGCGAUCGAGUAGCUUUGCUGGGUCAUCCCCUCAAAGAAUUUCAUUCGCCCUCCUCAUCGAUUGACUCCAAACAAACGCCACUGGAGACACAUUUCGGUGCCAUCAUUUGUACAAACAGUCCUCCCACACACCCGAGACGGGCACAGCUGCUACAACAGUACAGCGAUCCCCAAAGUCAGCCAACGACCACGACCACCACCACUACGAACACAACGGAAGAGGAUACCUGCUCCACGCUCAAUACCGAGGUAGGUAUGGGCGUAGAAAUGCCCGGAGAUGUUAUAGACUUUGUCAUAACGGGUAGUAAUGAGACAAUGGCAUUGAGCACCACCACUCCUAGGGCGGGCUCCAGUCUCACCCAUCACAGCAGUUUAAACACUGUGGUUAGUUUUGGUCGUACCAGUCCCCUCAAUCAGGAUACCCAGUCGGGGAGUGGUGAGCCCAAAAUGGAUUUACUAACGAAACUGCAACUACAGCAACAGCGAGAACAACAACUGCCAAUUUCUGCAACAACAUCAACAGCAACAGCAACAAAUACAAAAACAACCCAAUAUGAUCCUUGUGCCUCUUCUAUAUCUGAUUCUUUUAUACAUACUAAGGAAACUCUAAUUAAAAUGCCUUCUUCUCUCAAAAGCCUGAUUUUAAAUAAACCUUCCAAAGCAACAAUCUCAGAUCCCGCAAAAACAACUUCACCUCCAUUGCCAUCGCUGCAGCCCAUUAACACCAUAAGUCGCAGUGCCAGCAAUCUAAUCUUUCCAACUGAAGCCGACAGUACACCACCUCUAACCUUCUAUUCCACCCUUGAUGAAACGCCCCUGUACGAGGGCAGCCACAGUCCCUGUCCCUCGGUUAUGUUGGAACUACCACUCAUUCGCCUGCCCACAGAGGAGGACAGCAACUCGGUUAGGUCAGCAGAGUUGCACCACGAAACCUUGGGUGGCGCCGAUCACAGUCUUAGCACGAAAAGCGAUGAAACACCCCAUCACAUGGAUCCCAGCUUACCCAGCUCUUCGCGCAAAUGGUCCAAGGAGACAUUGUUCUAGCUAACAGCUACUAUACGAACCACAGUAGCAAUCGUGACAUCCGGGAAUUAACCCACCCUUGGAUGGAGGUAUAAAGUUACUUUAAAAGCUGACUGAGAUCGACAAUCCAGUGCUAAAGCGAAGGUGCCCAAACCUUUUGGAACCAGUGUCAUGAGACCCCUAACCAAAUUGGGCCAUCAUCCACCUUUUGCUGGAUUGUCAAUAAUGAAAAUGGUGAUGGUGAUGUUGAUGUUCACACAUAGCAAUGAAGAUCAUGGUGAUGAGAUGCUCUCUCCUUUGUUUUGUGCAAUUAAAGGAAUUUACUGAAAUCUAAGUUUUUUUAAGAGCUUGUUGUUGAUUUUUAUUACAAAAACCAGAAAAAGAAAAA